CAGCGGUGGGGAAAGAGAGAGAGUGAGGGUCCGAAAAGAAAAAAGAAACAAAACAAGUGAGAGAAAAUCGGGUCUAACAGUUUUGAUGCUUCUCCUUUCUUUAGGUCUCAUUAUCUGAAGCUGACUUCGCCGCCACUUUUUUCUCUCACUGAUUUUCUGUGGAUCUCCACCAGGUAUUCAUCUUCUUCUCGCCAUUUCCUCUGAUCUCAAUCUCAUCGUUUUCCUCCGAUCAACCCUCAACUCCGGCAGGUAAAGAUGCAAGGUGCUCUGCGAUCAUUUCUUUCAAAUGGAAGCAUUGUGAAAAAUGCAGUUCUUCAACAAAUUCGUGUCGCAAGCCCGCACAUGAGGCCUGCAAUCGUUUCACGCUUUGCAUCAUCAGCUAGUUCUGCAAGCAUUGAAGAGCAUGGCUUUGAAAGCACUACUAUUGAUGACAUCUUGAAAGCGAAAGGUAAAGGUGCCGAUGGAUCAUGGCUUUGGUGCACCACAGAUGACACAGUUUAUGAUGCUGUCCAGUCGAUGACCCAGCACAAUGUUGGAGCCUUGGUAGUUGUUAAACCCGGGGGCCAAAAUUCAAUAGCUGGUAUAAUAACAGAGAGAGAUUAUCUAAGAAAGAUUAUAGUGCAAGGAAGGUCCUCCAAGUCUACCAAAGUUGGGGAUAUCAUGACUGAGGAGAACAAACUUAUCACUGUGACACCCGACACCAAGGUUUUGCGAGCUAUGCAACUUAUGACUGAUAACCGAAUCAGGCACAUACCCGUCAUCGACGACAAGGGUAUGAAAGGCAUGGUGUCAAUUGGAGACGUGGUUCGGGCUGUGGUGAGCGAGCACCGGGAGGAGCUUGACCGCCUGAAUGCCUUUAUUCAGGGAGGUUAUUGAGUUUGGUUGGUGUAUGAUGUUUCCCAAAACCAGAAUGCUUGGGCUCUUGUACAUAAUGGCCUGGUAUGUGCACUCUCCUGUUGUAUGGUUGUGCUUAAUGUUUUCUGGUACAAUAACCGUUAUUGGACUGAUGAUGUAAUAAUAGACGGCAACUUUGCUCUGAAAAUUUCACCCUAAGUUGCAUUUUCUUUGAUCGAGAUGACGAAAAUCUCCCUCAAGUUGCAGA